CAGAUGCUGUAUGUGGACGGGAGACGACCGCAAAGAAGAAGAAAAAAAAAGAAAAGAAAAGAGAGAGAAGAAGAAAGAAAAGGAACACCCGUGUGGGUGGAAGACUUUUGGGGACGCGGGGACUUUACAAUCCGCACGCAGAGAUUGACAGCCCAGGCAACUUUAUUUGCCACUUUUUAAAGGAGAUGCGCGCAUCAUCUCUCCUCACAAAUGACCGCACUCUUCAGGGCGCAAAAAGAGCAUCUCCUCCAGGACGCGCAGACAUCCGUUCGUGAAACCAGCGGUCGUCACUCCGCGAGAGCGAUAAGGAGGGAUUCAACCGAAUGAGCCAAAGGGGACUUGAUGGGGGAGCUGGGGUGACGGCGACGCUCUUCGCGAGACCUCACUUUUUGGAUUAGUGCCGUUUGAACCCCCCUCCACCCCCCCAACCCCUCCGACCCCCAGACCGGACUGCGGAGAGGACCUGCGUCGGAACGCCUGACAGUUCCGGAUCUCUUAAUUGUCAUGGGUUUGGCUUUCGGCGCGCAACGAGGAGGUUAAUUCAAACUGAGCCGAAGGCACCCGACUGCAGGAAUGGUGACUCCGAGGGCGUCCAAAGCCGAAUCAGCGAAGUAUUCAUGAAGCGAUAUUUGAACUAUUACAGGAUGAGGCUGAGAACAUCGAGGUUAGGUUAUCUGUUUCUCCAGUUCGCGGCGCUUUGCUUUUACGCACAGGACACUGUGCAGUCGCCUCCUAAUUUCAAGCAGCACGUCACCGAACAGAGCCGGCUGUCGGACCGCAUGAGCCGCAGACUGACCCGAACCUACCAGCUGUACAGCCGAACCAGUGGGAAGCACGUCCAGGUCCUGGCCAACAAGCGGGUCAACGCCAACGGGGACGACGGCGCGGUGCACGCUAAGCUGGAAGUGGAGACAGAUUCCUUUGGGAGUCGCGUUCGGAUCAAAGGGGUGAAGACAGGAUACUACAUAUGCAUGAACAAGAGAGGGAAGCUGAUUGGCAAGCGAAAAGGGCGCGGCAAGGACUGCAUCUUCACCGAGAUCGUCCUGGAGAACAACUACACAGCCCUGCAGAACGCCAAGUACGAGGGCUGGUACAUGGCCUUCACCCGCAAGGGCCGCCCGAGGAAGGCCUCGAAGACCAAGCAGCACCAGAGGGAAGCCCACUUCAUGAAGCGUCUUCCGAGGGGCCAUUUGCUGAGCGACAGGAGGCCGUUCGAUGUCCUCCCUCUGCCCAUCCCCGUGCAGCCUCUCAGCAGGCGGACUAAACACUCCCAUCACCAGCGCUCUGGGGGACGCUGAGGACCCAAACCACUGAAGAGGAACAGCACAGAAGAACCACUUCAAGAGAAAGCAUAGUGUGAACUCAAGUGCCCACACACUUCUUCUUUUUUUUUUUAAUUUGCCUCUUUUCUGGACUUCUUACGUACUUCUUGGUUACUGGGUUUUAUGUAAACUAUCUAAUCUGCUAGUUAUUUACAGACUGUAGCAAGAUUUCCCCCUAUCUUUGGCUAUUAAAAUCAGGGCAUUUUACGUUCUGGAGAGCUCAAAAAAAAAAAAAAAAGACAAAGAAAUCUCAUGACGAGUUAGACGUUAGCCAGCUCAGCGUUGAAAAGAAUGUUAAAAAGUGAAGCUAGACGUGGCAGCUAUCUGUGGUUACAGCAUCUCUAAGUCGACGUGCUCUCUCGGAGAAUUAUGUAACCUGUUUCGUUUUUCUACAUAUAUGGAUAUAUUUUUACUGUAAAAAUGUAAAUUACAUCAAAUGAUGGAUAUAUUUAUUGUAGAGUGUAUAUUAAAACCACUAAAGAGUUUCGUAA